ACCACGACACUAGAUAUGUGCCCCUUCACACAGAGGCAGGGGCGGUUCUGUGUGAGAGUCUGUACAAAGGGCAGCGUCUCCCCCAGGCACCAACAGAAGCUCCCUGCUGCAGCAGAGAAAACGCUGUCGGGAGACAGACACACAGACAUUAAGGAAAGGCUCUUAAACUCUGAGGAGAUGGUCGAGAAGAAAGCCAUCUUGUUCAACUUCUGGGGAGUGACUGCCUCUUCCACUCCUCAGGCACUUUUCCACAAGGUGGAGGAGCUGCACGAGCUGCCGGGAGGUUUUCUGUGGGGCGUGGCGUCCAAAAAGGACAGCGGCAUGAUCCGCGCAGAGCGAGGCGAGAUGACCCUUUCUCAGAUGAUCCCAGCGUUCGAGGCAGAGUGUGUGAAGGAGGCCAAAGUCCAAGGUGUGACUCUGCCGUCUGAUUGGUCGGUGAGAGGCCUGCUGAAGGAGCUCCAAGAGGCGAUGAUGGACGUCCAGCCAGCCGUGUUGAAGACAGCUGCCCGCCUGCGGCACAGGGGGUUACAGACAGCCGUGCUGGCCAAUCACUGGCUGGAUGACAGCGCGGCAGGAGACGGCCCGGCCCGCCUGCUCUCGCUGCUUGGCGGCCGUUUCGACCUGGUCCUCCAGUCCUGUCGCUCGGGUCACAUGGUCCCCGAGCCCACCAUGUUCAGCUGUGCCCUGCAGCACCUGGGAGUGACAUCACAGCAGGCUCUGUGGCUGGAUGCAGAUGAGGAGGGUGUGAAGGCAGCAGAGGGAGUCGGCAUGAAGGCCAUCUUGGUGGAAAACCUGGACGACGCUCUGAAGAGACUGGCUAACUUCACUGGAGUUCAGGCGGUUGGAGCAGAGAGUCCUCCACCCUCCUGCAGCCCUGAGGAAGUGUCUCAUGGACUCGUUACCAUCAGGCCUGGCGUGAGGACUCAUUAUGUGGAAAUGGGCUCAGGCCCGCCCGUCCUGCUGUGUCACGGCUUCCCGGAGAGCUGGUACUCCUGGAGGUACCAGAUCCCUGCCAUGGCGGGCGCCGGCUUCAGGGUCCUGGCUCUGGACAUGAAGGGGUUCGGGGAGUCCACUGCGCCCCCAGACACAGAGGAGUACUCCCAGGAGCAGCUCUGCAAGGAUUUAAUCACAUUUAUGGACAAAAUGGCGAUGCCACAGGUCACGCUGGUGGGACACGACUGGGGCGGCGCUCUGGUGUGGAACAUGGCUCAGUAUUACCCCGAGAGAGUGAGGGCAGUGGCCUCCCUGAACACGCCUCUGUUUCCUGCCUCUACCUCUGUGAAUCCUGCAGAGAAGCUGAAGGACAUUCCCAUCUUCGACUACCAGCUCUACUUCCAAAAACCUGGUGUAGCAGAGGCGGAGCUGGAGAAAGAUCUGGAGCGUACGUUUAAGAUUUUCUUCUUCAGCAGUGCAGAAGCGGUGACACGUCCUGCUCUCAGCACUGCAGGGGUCUGUGCUCGAGGGGGUCUGUUUGUGGGUCUGCCGGAGCAGAUUCCCCGCGGCAACAUGCUGACGGAGGCCGACCUGCAGUACUAUGUCAGCCAGUACAAGGAGCGCGGUUUCAGGAGGCCGCUGAACUGGUACCGUAACGGGGAGGCGAGCUGGAGGUGGAAGUGCUCUCAGCCCUCUGCAAAGCUGCUGAUGCCUGCUCUGAUGGUGACGGCAGGUAAAGACCAGGUGCUGCUGCCGGCCUUCAGCAAGGGGAUGGAGGACUUGAUCCCUGACCUAAAGCGAGGACACAUCGAGGAGUGUGGACACUGGAUCCAGAUGGAGUGUCCGGCGGAGACCAACAGCAUCCUGAUCUCCUGGCUCACAGAAACACUGAAAUAAUAUCAAAACUAAAAAGUGUUCACUGAAUCAGAUUAAAUGUAAACAAAUCAAAUGUAACUUCUGGCUACAUUUCACAGUUUCUGGGACAAAAUAUCACAUGUUUGGGAGUUAUGAUGGAUAUUUGCACCUUUAUUUAAACCACAACGAUCACUGACAAAACAGGUAUGCAUGGAUAACCUUUAUUGUUCAUGAAAUGUGUUUGAUCGGGCUGGGAAAAUAGUCAAUGAGAGAAAUGCACUUCUUUUUAAGCAAAGAAAAGACGAAGAAGAACAGCAUAAAUUAAAGAAAUACAUUUAGAAUACAAUCCUAAAAUAACAGGGAUGGAUAUGAUUUUCAAUACUCAUUUUAGAAGUAUUUAGGCGUAUCAUGUGAACAUAUACAUUCAUUCAAUGCUUAAAAUUCCCCAAUAAAUACAUUUUACCAUCACAA